AUGGAAUUUUCCUUAACCCACAAUUGCACCUCAAGGCGAGGAACUCGAUAAUAUGCGGUGUUUGAAACUUCUAUCAUCUUUGCUGUUUCUUUCCACUACCGUCUCAGCUUCGACUUGUUAUUGGCCGAGUGGAAAUGUCGCGGGUGAUAAUUGGCUGCAAUGUCCAGGUAGCAAACAUUGUUGCGCAGAGACCGAGGCUUGUCUUUCUAAUGGUCUUUGUGUUGCUGGGACGUACAUGACUGUCUAUCGUGGAGCUUGUACGGAUAAGUCGUGGCCUAUAUCAGAAUGUCCUCGCGUUUGCUAUGAAGAGAUCACCAAUGGAUGGGCCAAUCUCUACCCUUGUCCCAGCAAUAAUAAUGAAGUCUUCACUUGUGGAACUGCUGGAUGGGCCUCCCACGUCUGCGACGAACAGCUGGGCAACUAUACCUGGGUGCGCAGCAAUGUCACGGUAGCCCAGUUGGGGGUCUCCAGUUCGUUGAGCGCGUCCGCAACCGCCACUGGUACAUCGUCCAAGACAAUGGAAACUACGACACUCACAGCCAGUUGUACGGCUUCAGCCGAGGCAGACAAUAAUGCCACCAUGAAGACAGGCGUGGGGGUGGGAGUCGGGCUCGGUGUGCCUUUGCUGCUAGCAGCGGCCGGUUUUAUCUGGUAUUACAUGCAUACCCGACGUCAGAUUCAAUCUUUGCAGCAGAGGUUGAAUGAGCAAGGUGCUAUGCAACUGGGCCCACGAGGACAGUAUGCUCGACUUCCUCCUCAGGAGCUGGACUCUGGAAAACAGACCUGGCCGGAAAUUCAAUCGACUCAUCGCUCGGAAUUGAGUUAGGAUGUCUGUGUGUGUUGUUGAUACCCUAACGCUCCCUUGUAUUCCUGGCUAAAGGUUGGGAUCUCGUCCGAAUAAUGUGUGUGUUUUUUCAGCGAGUCUGUCAUGAAUAUAUUUUCUGGUAAACGGUGGUCAUUUGAUCUCAUAAUGUAGACCAAUUUAAAGUAUUCUUUUCGUCUCCA